AUGUCACCGCCCAUCGUACAAUUACCAGCCACCAGCCCCAGUCCCAGCCCCAGCCCUAGCUCGCCGCCUUUGAAAGCCCCAGCCUGGAUCCACGCCGAGUAUGGAACCCUCCCGCCCAAGCAGGACGAGCUCCCACUGUAUCUCUGCAUUCUGUACAUCAUCGUCCUUUCGAUCACGGUCUUCAUGCUGGUCAUCGUCAAGCGACGCUAUGAGGCAGACUUUACCCCCCCCAACACUGCUUUCGAGCCCAUCCUCCCGUACACGAGUCGCAACUCGGAGGAACGACGGCUGCUCUACUUCCAGCAAAGCGUCGUGAAGGAUCUCUACGGGGACUGGUGGGCUUCCAUUCAGACGGAGCGGAGCAAGCUGAUGGGGUAUAACAACCCUGCUGUCUGCCCCAUCUGCCUGGAAGUCGUCACCAAGAUGCAACUGAUCUAUCUGCUGCCAUGCAAGCAUGUCUUCCACGAUCGCUGUCUGGAUGGCUGGGUCAUGAGCGGCAGGAACACAUGCCCGCUAUGUCUGGACAUUAUGGCGAGGUCCGGAAGGAAAGAGAUCGUGUAA